AUGUUGUGUAUUUCCCAGUCGGCUCAAGAUGCCUCGCUUCAAAGGUUGAUGAUAAGGCCGGGACUGGACCCAAUGGACCCGGCCUCUGUUUUCUCUGUUUUGGAAGCAUUGCAGGGCGAAUGCCAGGAGCGGGAGGAGGCCAUCAAGCACUCCCAGAAGCACCUUGAGCAUUUGCGGCGCCUGGAGCGUGUGGCACUCGCCGGGGCUGAUUCCGGGCGCUUGACGCAGCUUCGACAAGUUCGAGGAGAGAUCUUGUACUUUGUCCAACAUUUCUCGGGCCCUCACAUAUCUCAAAUCCAGACAAGCACAGCCGAUGGGGAUCCUUCUGAGAAGAGUGCAGCCUCGUUGCUCCGGGAUGUGCGCCACUGGCAUUCAGAACUGAGACGGCUAGAGUGGAUAGAAGCCUCGCAAGCCAAAGCAGAGUCGGAGAGGUUCAAAGGCUUGCCUCUCACCCCUCUCACGGCAGAGCUCUGUGCACUUCACCAAGUGUUGGUGGAGCAGGAGGAAAGCAGAAGGGCUGCUGAGGAACACUUUCAGCAACUCCAGCAUCCAUCGCGGACUUCGCCGGGUUUGUUGCCUGAGGCACCGUCCGCUUGCAACGCAAGUGUGGCUGCCGGCAUUCGCCUGGCGACUGGUGCAUCUGGCACCCGCCCCCAGCCUGCGAGAGAAACGUGCGAUGUGAGAGGUGGUGCCGGCUUCUCACGCUCUCUUUUCAACGACUUCCGAUUGCAGGACGGUGCUGCGACGAGCAUGUACUUUGCCUCCUGCACCUGA